AUGUCUAAGAGUCUGUUUGGACAGGGGAAGAAACCUCUAGAUACGUUUUUCUGGGUAAACAAGAUAACUGGAGAAAUCACCUAUCCCCUGAAGACAGAUGUACUUGAAGCUUCUCCAGCUUCUCUGGAGAACCCCCAAGAUAGGCCCAGAUCUCAGCAUGGGAGCGUGCGGGCUCCUUCCAGUGACCAGGGUCUGUCCAGCACACCUGCACAGACUGUCCUUUCACCUCCUUCUAAGACUUCGCUGAAAGACACUGGCUCAAGAAAUUCCCUCCCAUCUGCACCAACCUAUGGCCUGGCUAAGGCUGGACCAAGGAGCACCCUCCCCUUCUCCCCACCCCCCACGCCCAGCCAAUCUCAGCAAUUCCUGUCACCAUCUCACCACCAGGAGGCGCUCCACCAACAUGAGGCGCCCUUGGACCAGCAGCCUGCCCCCAGUGUCUUCCUUUCUUCCCAGCCCUUCUGUCCCCUGGGCCUUCACCUGCAAGCUGAAAAGUGUCCUUAA